UUGUUAUAAAAUCAUUAUUGAGAAUAUUAUUAUUAUUGUUAUUAUUGUUAUGACUCCAUCUCCUUGUAUUGAAAACACUUGCUUAUCUAGUUAUGAUAACAAAGGCACUGCUUUAGAGCAACAAAAGCGUAAGGCUCUUGGUCUUACUGGUCUAUUGCCUUCUGGUAUAGAAACCAUGGAUAUUCAAAGACGCCGUGCACUGCAACAAGUACGCUCCAAGUCUACAAUGCUUGAGAAAUACAUUUUCUUGGCUCAAUUGCGGUCUUCCAAUACUCGUUUGUUUUAUAAGAUCAUCAUGGAUGAUCUUCAAGAAUUUGCUCCCGUUAUCUACACACCUACUGUUGGUACUGCUUGUAUUGAAUACUCUAAUAUCUACCCCUUUUUGGCUGCUCCCGGUGUUCCCGAUGGUCUUUACUUAGAUUCUACUGACCUUGAAGGCUUAAAAGAAACCAUUCUCAACUAUAGACCUGUACCUGAUUUUUCCCCUGAAAUUGCUGUCAUUACAGAUGGUUCCCGUAUCUUAGGUUUAGGUGAUCUGGGUAGCAAUGGUAUAGGUAUUAGUAUCGGUAAAUUACAACUCUAUGUAGCUGGCGCUGGCAUUGACCCCCGCAAGACGUUACCUAUUGUUCUUGACUUGGGCACAAACAAUGAGAAACUACGAAACGACGAAUUUUAUUUAGGUCUUCGCAAACCUCGUCCCUCAGACACAGAGUUCUACAGUAUUGUAGAUACUGUGCUCCAAACAAUUCACGACAUAUACCCUCAUUUGAUUAUUCAGUUUGAAGACUGGUCUAGUGAACAUGCUUUUGGUCUUUUAGAGAAAUAUCAAAACAAACUGGUGUGCUUCAAUGAUGAUAUUCAAGGUACUGGUGCGGUCAUUUUGUCUGGUGUGAUCAAUGCCAUCCGUCGGGUACAAAAGGAGGCCGGUGUUGUUCCUCAAGAUCAUCGUAUCGUUUUCUAUGGUGCUGGUUCUGCUGCUAUUGGUGUCGCUCGCCAAAUUCAAGCUUAUUUUGAACGCGAAUAUGGUAUUCCUGAAGAAGAAGCCAAGCGUUUCUUUUGGAUUGUAGACUCAAAGGGUCUGGUCACUUUGGAUCGUGGUGACAAGCUUGCUCAACACAAAACAUAUUAUGCUCGUGAUGAUAAUCAAGGCCAGCAAUAUAAAGAUUUACUUGAUAUUGUAAAUUAUGUUAAACCAACGGGUCUGAUUGGUCUUUCUUCCACCACGGGUGCUUUUACUAAACAGGUGCUUGAACGAUUGGCUGCCCUUAACGAAUGCCCUAUUGUGUUUCCACUUUCUAACCCUGCCACACAAGCUGAAUGUACAUUUGCUGAAGCGAUGGAAGCCACAGAGAACCGAGUCAUUUUUGCAUCUGGCACUGCAUUCCCAAGUUACACAAUUCCUUCUACAGGAAAAGUUCGUAUUCCUGGCCAAGGAAAUAAUAUGUACAUCUUCCCUGGUCUAGGUUUAGGUUCCGUUUUGGCAAAGGUCAAGUCUGUUUCUGACAAUAUGAUUUACAGCGCUUCGGUUGCACUUGCUGAUUCCCUUACUACAGAAGAAUUAUCUCAAGGUUGGUUGUAUCCCUCUCUUGUACGCAUCCGACAAGUUUCAGCCACUGUGGCUACGGCCGUGAUUGAACAAGCAUUGAGUGAAGGUCUAAGUGAUGCUGAAGAAUUAGCUCAAUUUUCGCAUGACGCACUUCUCGAUUAUGUGGCUAAUCAUAUGUGGACACCAACAGAAGACGAAGGAUACAGUCGUGCCAUGUUUUAAUGUGCUGUCGUGCCUAAACCAAACCCAGUUGAUUCCACUUUGACUUUAGUACAUAUAUGCUCUGAGUCAU